AUGGUGGUGGUGCGUCUAGUGGCUGCUCGCCGGGACGAGACAUGCGCCCUGUCCUCGCCUCCCUCGCCCGGCCCGCGGCUCGCCUUCGCGCACACACACCGACACUGCGCCGCGGCCGCCGCACGCGCGCCCGCACCCGCCCCGCACGCCCGCACCCGCGCGCCCCUCCCCGAGCGCCGCGCUACCUCCGCGCGCCCCUCGCCCCCAGCUCGGCCGGCUGCUCCCCGCCGGCGCUCCCCGCGCGCCCCACGCUCCGCGGCCGGGCUGGAGUCGGGCUUUCCCUGCUCACCACUCGCCCACUCCCUCCUCUGUUCUCCCCCAGCUCGCGGAGGGACCUACUCCGGUGAUGGGCACCCCCAGCGCCCCUUUCUCCGCUUCUCCCGGCGCCUCGGCGUCUCCGCCGCACUGGGCAGGAAAUCGGCCCCGCGGGCGGGGUGCGCAAGCCCGGAUCAGGGGCUCGGGGAGUUAGUGGCUCCCCAGGCCCCCGGCCCCCUGCCGCAUUCUUGCAGGCUCGCGGGGAGGACCGGCUGCCUCGCUCCCCGACAGCCCUUGCCCUUCUCCCAGCCUCGCCCUCUUCUGCCACUGGGCUGCGCGCGGGGGACUCCGGUCCUCGCUGCAGCAAAGAUUUCUCACCAGCAAACAGCCCGGGAAUCUGGAGAGCCUGAGACAGGAAUGGAUGAGGUGAAGGGGCCCGGAGAGGGAGAGGAGGAGACUAGAAGGCAAAGGGCAGCCCCAGCAGGUUUAAAAGACUUCAGCGCUGCCUUGAUGGUGUCCAUGGUUGUGCGGACUGGAAAGAAGAACGCGGAUUAUCCUAGCAAGCGUCCAGGCUCUGGUGUCCCUUCGGGGGCACGGUGGCGAGGUCAUUUCAGCAGAUGGAUGGAGUCUGUGCGAACCCCCAGAGAGUGAGUGUGGCAGCCGGGAAAGGCAGGUUUCUGAUUUCCUCUCUGUGGCCUGAGGUCUCCUGCUGUCCACAGUAAAUGCGAUCCACUAAUGCAUUAAACGGUGAG